AUGUUACUCAAAUUUUUAUAUUCUGAACAUGUAGAAUAUGCAAUUGAUUUGGGUUUGGCAUGUAUUCCCUUGUCAGAACCUAAAACAGAACCUUCUGGAAAUUUUUUCAAAAUAAUCCAACAAAGUUCGGCAAUUACACAUUUAUUUGCAAAAUUGUUUGAUGAUAGUAUACAUCCAGAAAUUAGGGAUACACAAAUAGAAGAUUCGGUUUUAAAGAAGCGUGACCAAACCCUUCGUAACGUUGAAGAAAGAAUAAAUAUUGGUGUUAGACGGCAAUUAAAUGCUAUAGUUGCCUAUGUUCGUUUUGUUUUUAAUACAACACAAAAGAAAUCUGAUUUUAAACCAGAAGAGGAUUCUAAUGAAAUUAGCACUAUAUGUUCUAAUGCCUGUUCUCUAGUAAUUAAAUAUCUUAACAAAGUUGUCCAAAAUUCUGAAAAAUGUGGAAUUAAGGAUUGUGUUGAUGGAGGCAAUUUACAAGUUGUACUUUCUGAAUUAGGCGAACAUUUAUACAAUACAAUGUUAACGCAUAUACUCUCGUUUGGCUACAAUUUGCCUGGGGCGAUGCUUUUACUUUGUGAUAUUAAUGGAUAUAAACGUUGUAUUAGUUCUUGGGGUGUUCCUGAACUCGAAAAGAAGUUUAACAGUUUACAUGCUUUAGCUAACCUUUUGGUUGUUGUUCCAGAAAAUUUACCAGAAGCUUGUAAUUCUCAAUUAUUGAAAAAUGUAGAUCGUCAUUUAAUGAAUAGUUUUAUACAAUUACGUCAUGAUUACAAAUCCGCAAAACUUUUUUUGAAUAAUUAUUAG